UGUUCCCAAUUUUUUUUAAAAAAAUGAAAUGGUGGACUGCGGUUUGUUCACGGUAUGUAACAUUUCCAUUGAAAUUCCUUACCAACUACCACCAUGAAAGAGAUCUCUAUGUAACAUUUCCUCCAAAUCCCUAAUUCUAGUAAAACCGGGAGAUGGCUUGGUUAACACGAUUCUUGACGGCGGUGGCUUUCUUUGCCGUCGGAGUAAUAUUCUCGCCGGAGACCUUUGGAUCAAAAUCCGACGACUCAAUUUCACCCAUUCUCUCUACUUCUAUUAAACUAGCUCAUCUCCUCUGCUUCGCAACCGCCUGGGGCACCGCCCUUUGGGUCACUUUCAUCGGCGGUAUCCUCAUGUUCAAAUAUCUGCCAAGGCAUCAAUUUGGUAAUCUGCAAAGCAAAAUGUUCCCUGCUUAUUUCUCGAUGGUGGGGGUUUGUUGUGCCGUAUCGGCGGCGGCGUUUGGUUAUAUGCAUCCGUGGAAGUCGGCGACCACUACCGAGAAGUACCAGCUUGGCUUUUUAGUGUCUGCUUUUGCUUUUAAUCUCAUAAAUUUGUUCGUUUUCACUCCCAUGACCAUUGAGAUGAUGAAGCAUAGGCACAAGGUAGAGAGAGAAGAGAACAUUGGUAAUGAAAUUGGAGGGUUAAAGAACCACGAAGUCGCGAAGAAGAACCCAAAGCUCGCAGCCAUGAACAAGAAAUUUGGAAUGAUUCACGGGUUAUCCUCGCUUAUUAAUCUUAUGUGCUUUGGUGUUCUGGCUAUGCACACAUGGUACUUAGCCGGUAAGCUCAGUCUGUAGGUUGUACUUCACUUUUACAUGGUUGUAUGUGUUUUAUGUUGGACAAACUGUUCCAAAUGCUCAUGCUACAACUCUGUUAAAUCGAAAUACAUGUUAAGAGAACAAGUUUAAAUCUUGUAGCAGAAAAAAUAAAAAUACAAAGCUACUCCGCUUUUCCUA